GUGUUCUUGUUGCCGUAAAAGUGUAAACAAAGAGUUUAGAAUUUGAUUUCAAGGGCAAAGGAGGAGCUUUGUAGUGACAGCGAUUGGCUGCUGUUCUGCCCUGUCUGAUGAUCACAUUUCUUUUAAUUGCUUUGAGCAGCGUCUGAUUCACGUAGGCUGGGUGAUAUUUGAUGAUCCUUUAAAACCGUGCUUUGAUUAGUUGCCUCUGAGCGAUGACAAACUAUUUUGUGUUCUGUGCCUUGCAAGCGAUUUUGUCAAGAGUAUUCACCACUGUGCUACGGAUGUGUGUUCUGUGAUUGCUUAAUGGCUAUGCGCUCCACGGAACAGAGAUGAACUUGUUUGUAAGAAGAGUAACCUUACCUGCAAUCACUCCACUUGUCCUGCAGAAAAGGGUAAUUAAGGUAUUUAAUGAAGAUGGCAGUAGCCGUGCAUUGGAGGUACCAAGUGACAUUGUGGCCCGUGAUGUGUGUCAGCUCUUCCUAAUGAGAAACCAUUGUGUUAAUGAAGGUGUCUGGACUAUUGCUGAGCACUUGUCUAAUAUUGGUAUAGAAAGAAUUGUAGAAGAUCAUGAAUCAAUAAUUCAGGUACAAUCAAGCUGGCCGAUGGAUCAAGACUGUAAAUUAUACUUCAAAAAAAUGUAUACUAAAUACGAAUUCUUUAAAAAUCCAUCGUUUUUUCCAGAAAACAUGGUGUCUUGCAGCAAUGAAACAAAUGGAUGUUUAAGUCAUCAACAGUUGAUACAGGAUUUCCUGAGUUCAAGAACAUGUCCUGAAAUUCAUGGGCAUCUCCACAUUAGAGAACAGGGGAAGAAGUCUUGGAAGAAAUGUUACUUCAUCUUGCGAAGGUCAGGCCUAUACUUUUCCACCAAAGGAACGUCAAAGGAACCAAGACAUCUACAGUUUAUUGCUGAGUUAAAUGAAAGCAACGUUUACAUACUAUUAUCAGGGAGGAAGAUGUAUGGAGCUCCAACAAACUUUGGAUUCUGCAUCAAGUGUAACAAAUCAGCAGAUGCCAGGGACCUGCGGUUGUUCUGCGCAGAUGAUGAGCAGUCCAGGAUGUGCUGGGUGACAGUGGUACGGCUCUUCAAGUAUGGAUUGCAACUCUAUCAAAAUUAUAAGACUCCACCCCAAUGGAGCGGCAGCCUUGCAUCAGGGAAUUCAUCGCCAAUGAGGAGCAUCUCAGAAAACUCGCUGGUAGCAAUGGACUUUUCAGGACGCAGAGGGCGCGUGAUUGAAAACCCUAGUGAGGCGCUGUCGGCCGCUGCUGAGGAAGGGUUGGCGUGGAGGAGAAGAAGUUGGCAUCGUAUGAACGCACAUGGAAGUUCAACUGCAUCACAGACAUCUACACCAUGUCAAGCUGUUCACAGAAUGCAGAUGUGGUUUCAUCACCGAAUCUCCAGAGAUGAAGCUCAAAAGGCAAUUGAACAACAAGGCCUUGUGGAUGGGAUAUUCUUAGUACGUGACAGUCAAAGCAAUGUGAAGAGUUUUGUUUUAUCGUUAUGUCAUUACCAGAAGAUAAGACAUUUUCAAAUUGUUCCGCUGGAAGAAGAUGGAGAAUUGUAUUAUUCCCUGGAUGAGGGUCACACCAAAUUUACUGACCUUAUUCAGCUGGUGGAGUUCUACGAACUUAACAAAGGAGCACUGCCCUGCAAGCUGAGGUACCACUGUACACGGAGUUCCCUUUGAAGCCAUCGGCUCAGCAGAAUGUCUUCAAUAAUAAAUGGAGUGUGGGCUUAGAACAAAAACACCGAAACUGUGAGAAAGUAUUUGUGAUGAAGUGUGUGGUGUCUCCGACAUAGGGGAAGACUGCCUGUGUAUUUGGAUGGUUAGAUUGAUGUUCAUUAAUACUCCAUCUUUGUGGAUUUAUUUUUCAAUCCACUUGUCCAUGAGGAAUCAGUGUUUCUUUGGUUGCUGCUUGUAAUGGGAGGCCCAUACCAAGACAAUCUGUGCGGCAUCAGUAAAAUCCACGCUGCUUGUCAGUUGUGUGGAAAGGAACUGCAGAUAUGCAGUAAAGAACUGCAGAUGCUGGUUUAAAUCGAAGAUAGACACAAAAUGCUGGAGUAACUCAGUAGGUCAGGUCGCAUCUAUGGAGAAAAAGGAUGGGUGACUUUUCGGGUCGGGAUGCUUCAGACAGAACCCUGACUUUUUCUUACCUCCAGUUCUCUCUCCUCAACAGUCAGUCUGAAGGAAGGAUCUCAAUCUGAAACUUCACCUAUUCUAUUUCUCCAGAGAUGUUGCCUGACCCGCUGAUACUUUGUGUCUGUCUUCUUGUGAGUUGAUGAUCUGCGCGCAAUAACUUUGAUUGUGGUAACACUAUUCUCAUUUCAAAAUGUAUGCAUGCCUUUCUUAUUCAGAUCACAAUGCCUUGCUAACGGAACAAUCCUUUCAAUUGUAAGAAGGGGCACCAAAACCUGAGAUAAAAUAUGCCAUUUUCUUGAUACCCAAGGCAACAAAUGAGCAGAGAUGGAUACAAAGUGUUGGAGUAAGCGAGUCAGAGUGAGUUGUUCUUAUUUGAAGUGUGUGAGCAGUGAGACAGAGGGGUGUAAAAUGAGGGUAGAAGCAAUAGAUAGCAAGGUGAAAAGUAAAAGGGGCAGGCAGACAAAUCCAGGGCAAAAAUCAAAAAGGGCCACUUUUCAACAAAAUU